AUGCCUGCCGCCUCAGUCGCCUCCGCGCCCGUGAACCGCACAACCAACCGUGCCCCAGCAUCGCGAACCAAGAAAGCCACCGGCACAGCGACCAAGAAGGCUCAACCCACCAGCAAUGGCGCGCCCAACGGCGCCAACCCCAACAUGUCGCCGUACACGAUAAUGGCGUCCAGGAUCGCCAACCGCGUCGCCGAAAUGGCUGAGAACAUCACAUUCGUCGAGCGCGAGAGACCUGGCCAACAACCUGCCCAGCAGACCCCCUCGCCCUCCAGCACCACCAAGAAGCCCCCCCGCAAGCUUGAAAUGCGGCUGCCCAACAACGGGCAGUCGCCCACGAAUGUGACCUUCAGCGCGCCGUUCCUCGACAACACGUUGGCCAAGCUGCUGACGCUGCAGAACCGCAUGCUCAAGGUGAGCAACGACAUUGCGGCGAGCGCAGAUGUGGACGAGCAGACGAAGCAGGAGCAGUUUGCGCAGAGCGCCGAGUUGUCGCGGAUUAUUGCGCUGAUUUGUAGUGAGAAGGCUAGGCAGGGGGCUUAG